CUUCCUUCUCCUAACUGGAAGCCAGGAGAUGCAGAGAGAGGAGUUUGCCUGGCCACUGGCCAGCUCUCAACUCGUACAGUGAACUCCUUCUACUUUUCCAUCACCCUUGGACUUGAGCCCAGAGGCACACCUCACAGAAGCCAGGUGUGGCUGUCAUGAGCUCACCUGCCAGUGGGUGGGACAGGGCUCCUGUUAAAGCAACAGCACCCUGAAGGCACUGAAAUCUGCUCAAGCUUUCCUUCUGCCACACUUCAGGGGCUGAACACAUCACAGAACAGAGCUGCCAUUUAGCAGGAGCUCCAGUCUUCUCCUUGGAUGAAACAAGCCUCAGGAACAGCUGACAACCUUUGGCAAAAUCUUAGCUAAACAGAAGAAAGAGAGAAAAGUUCAGUCUUAUAGACUUUAACAGCCAAAGGAUGUCAAAAGUCAUUCCAAACCAUGUGGUACGGGUUGGACAGACAGUAUGUGUUUCAUCCCAGGGAGAAAAUGCUUGUUUACCUCACUUGAACAAUGGGCACUUGCCCUGUUACACUUUGCCAACACAGUAUUUAUAUUACUCAAUGGAAAGCUGGGAAAGAGAGAGUUCAUUGGCCCAAACCAAAGAAUGCUCACUGCCUAAGAUGGACCUCUAUGAACCUUGCAGAUCCAUCACUGAUCCUAGGACAUCUCCAAAUCUGGAGGAUAAAUGCCUGCCACAGGAACCAAUGGAAGAAAGAAAAGACACUUGUCCAGUAUCUCCUACUUUGGAUGUAUCCAUUGAAAAGUUGAACCGCCUGAUGUUAGAGAUUGACCCCACCUUCCAACCUCUCCAAGUGAAGCCAAGCCAGGCCCAAAAUCUUGCUGUCCAAACUGUUCCACAAAGUGACACAGUGGCGGCCCAAAAACAUGAACUAGAUACAUCAGAGAUAAAGUACAUUGAAAUGUCACCAGCUAGAACAAAGCAGGAGGAGAGUUUUCAGAGAUCCACAAGUCCUUCGAACACUCCACUUUCUGUGUCUCCCCGUAAUCACCAUUUGCCUCCUCAUGGAGGAAUCCGUGGAGAUCAUGGCCACAUGACUCUCAUGGGUGGCCAUGAUGUUGGAGGCAGCCCUCGGCAUCUCCCAGCCAUAAAGAGGCAAUCACCAACUUGUAUCCAUAUGUCAGAGAGCAUCUCCAUUCCACAAAGACAUCAGAAGAACUCUGCCCACUAUGGGUCACCUUCUAACCUGGCUUCUUCACCGGGCUCUGAGAAUUUACUGAAGCUGUCGCAGAAUGGGAGUAGGAUGGAAUGGCGUAGUGAAACAUCUGUGCUUUCAACCAGUCCUGGAUCAGACACCAGUUAUAUUCUUGGAAGCAGCACUCAGUCACUAUCCAACAACGAUCCCGAGACUCCUCAAACCAGGUCAACAGGAAGUCCUCCUUCCGUUGGAUCCUUCAGUGGCUCUUUCUCUGGCUCCUGUAACUCAAGUUCCUCCUCCUCUCCAAGAGGGAAUAAUUCCCUACCUCAGCAAUGCCAGAAGGGACAGAACGACAAUUUCUCUCCUUCAUCUGUUGCAAACUUACCUCCUAUCCCUAUUGUGCUUAUCAAUGGCUACCCGGAAGAGAGUGAGCUUUCUGCCAUACCCUUCAGGGUUCACCCAGGUUCUUUCAAACACAAGAUGCACCAACCCAGUUCUGGUACAUUUUCAGGCGUCAAUCGUUCCAACAAGACUUCUUCUGAGAGCUCCCUUUCAUCUUCUUCAUCUCUGGAUAGCUAUUCCAAAGACAACCAGAACACAAUGAAGUUUGUGAUGGACACCUCUAAAUACUGGUUCAAACCUAGCAUCACAAGAGACCAAGCCAUACAGCUGCUAAGCAAUGAACCUCCAGGAUCUUUCAUCAUGCGGGACAGCACAUCAUACCGUGGUUCCUUUGGCCUGGCCAUGAAGGUCUUCAGCAACAAAACAGGAGAGAAUGGUGGUGACCACAUCAAGCAUUUCCUCAUUGAAUCCUCUGCCAAGGGAGUGCAUCUUAAGGGGGCUGGAGAAGAACCAUAUUUUGGAAGCCUUUCAGCGUUUGUGUAUCAACAUACCAUCAUGGCUUUGGCACUGCCCUGUAAAUUAGUCAUCCCUAGCCAAGAUUUCAUUGGAGGAGGAGAAACUCCUACCACAAGCUCAGAAACCACUCUCCCUCUUUCACCAAAAGCCGCUGUGUGCAACCUCUUGUACCUGCACUCCAUGGCCAUGGAGACUCUCACCGGCAAAGCAGCAGUUCUGAAAGCGGUGUCGUCCACUUUUGAACAGGAGGUCCUCCCGACGCCGACCAUUGUCCACUUCAAAGUUACUGAGCAAGGAAUAACUUUGACAGACAUCCAAAGAAAGGUUUUCUUCAGACGACAUUACCCACUGACUACCAUUAGCUUUUGUGACAUGGAUCCUGAAAAUCGAAAGUGGCAAAAAUUUUCAAAAACUUCAAGGAUCUUUGGUGUUGUUGCCAAAAGCCCAUCAGAUGCUGAAAAUGUUUGCCACCUAUUUGCAGAAUAUGAUGCAGUGCAUCCGGCUUCCCACGUUGUUGACUUCAUCAAGAAACUUCUGCCUGCUACCUAACGUUACCCUCAUGCCAGUUUUUUUUUUAUUUCCAAGCAGCCCCACCACUACCCUCAGCAUCGCAACACCAAGUGCACUUCCACUCCCCCUUUAUCCUUGAAACUGUUUGGGUUGCAUCAUGAAAAUUCUUAAGGCUCCAGACUAAUAUAAAUUGUUUGGGUCAAGAGCUGGAACAGAAAAGUAACCCACUUGUGGGAAAACUCCUACUGGAAAUGGCAGGUUAUCUUACCAAUCUUUAUAGGAUUGGUUUCGUCAAGGACCUGGUGAAUGUUUCAGGUUCUGCUCUGUCUACAAAAAAGGCCAGUGAUGUAACUUCUGAUUCUCCUUUUCAUCAUGAAGAUUCUUUUGGAUGAUUUGUCAAAAUGUACCUCUUCCUAACGCCUAACAUAGUCUUGUUGCAUGAAAGGUUACACACAUUGCCAUCUUUAAGAUAAGUCUGCCAGCCGCAAAUGCUACUGAUUAUUAUACCAAAAGUAUUUGUAUAAUAUCUGUACCAAAGAUUUUUUAUGUAUUAUAUCCUUUUUCCUCUGCUCGUCACUUGUUAUAUUUGUAACACA